GCUAAGAGAAGGACCUUUGUCUUUCAGCCUAAUAUUUGAAAACAUUAACAAAAUUAUUGUACAAUUUGUGACAACAACAUUUGAUGUUAGACAAUGACAAUUCAAUUUGUGUUUCAUUUUAAGAUUUAUAACAAUAAAGAUUAAAACUAAUUUGCCACUCCAACUUUGAAAUCUGUCCAUGAAAAAAGGAAUGGAGAUGAAGGAUGCUUGAAUAACCCACCGAAGUUUCUCGCCUGAAAGAAUUUAGCCCAAGUACUCUGCAAUUAGUGAAACUUGCAAAAGAAAACUCUUCUGUAGCAAAGUUUGUUGGGAAAAAGUGCGGGAUGAGUAUUCAAGAAUGUUAUUCUACUUUUAGAGAUUCCUAAACACUUUCAAACUUUAUCAGAACAAGUGAUCUUUACAUUGUACUCUCUCCAGUUUGAAUAAUGUACGUGACAUGUUGCAGGGAAAAAAGGAAAAAAAUACUAAACUGGGAAAUAAAGUGAAAAAAACGUUAAAAUACAGUUUUCACUCUGGAUUCAGAGUUUGUCAAAAUCUUGUGAAAAAGAAUAUAGUGUGAUCGCUGAUCAGAUGAAUCUGGAUAUGUCUGGAUUGUUCCACGUAUGCCAGGGAACCUGCCUGUGUGCCAGCUCUUCUAGCGAGGGAUAUGGUAAAGGAAAGGUUCUCUACUGCUAUGGAGAGGUUGUUUUACAGCGAGCUAAUCUACGAAGCGGAGGGGAGGAAGGAGAGGAAAACUCUGAAGAACUUUAUACUUUUCAAAUAAUCCAGCUCAUCAGUAUUGUCGUCCUCCUCCUAGCACUGCUGUUAGUGCUGGUAACAAUAAAGCAAGGGUUGACACGAAUACAGAAACAAGUUAAACGAAUUCUUGUUUUGAUGCCCCCCAUCUCACAGCCACCCAGUAGACCUAAUACAUUGGAGAAAAAACAGAAUGAGAAGCAGUUAAUCCUAAAGAAAGCUCCUAAUGGUGACUGUGCAAAGCAUCGUGACAAUGAAUCUGGAGGAUAUAAACUGGUGGAUAAUGGUCUACGGGAUCCCUACAGGGGGGAGAGGGACAGCAUCAGGUUUGAGAAGGAGGAGAUAAGGUCCUUGAAUCAUUUCAGCCUCCACGACAAGAUCGAGAGGAUGGACUCAUUCCCGGAAAGUAUGACCGAGGUCACCUGACCGGACCGACCCUUAGGGGUCUCGGGGGUCUAUAAAUACUCGCCUACUUAAAGUACUUCUAGAGAUGUGCUGUAAACAGCUGUUCUGCUGGAACUGUACAUAACACUUAGUGUACUGGUGGAGUUGUACUGUAAAUAACACUAAGUCUAAUGCUGAAUCGCUGUACUGUAAAUAACACUAAGUGUACUACUUUUAAUGUACAGUGUACAUAGCACUAAAUGUACGGCUUGAAGCACAUGUUACGAAGUGUACUACAAUUUGAAGU